GGAGGAGGGGCGCGGGCGGAGGAGGCGGCGCGAGGGCGGGCCGCGGCGGCGCGCGGCGCUGGGGGCUCCGGCGGAGGCCGGGGGAGGCGCCUGGGGCCCGGCCGAGCGCGGGGAGAGGGGACGGAAGCGGACGCGGGGCAGCGGGGGCCGGGCUAGGAGGGGACCCUUCCCCGCCGCUCAGUAGGCGACGUCUCUCCCGCGGGAGCGGGGGGCUGGCCCGCGGGGCCCGGGAAGAGAAGGGGCGGCGCCGCCCUGGGCCCCCCUGGCCCCCGGGCCCUGCCAGCCCGCAGUUGAGUUAUUCACCAAAGCGAACGUCGGGAAGCCGCCUCCACACCCAGAGCUUGAACUUGAACGCUCCGGCCCCUUGCGCGUGGCCACACCGCCCCCUGCCGGCACGGCCGAGAAACAGGUCAUCUCGAAGCAUCUAAGGACGGGGGUCGGUCAGCGCCGGCUGCUGUCGGCGGGACGGGGGUCGGUCAGCGCCGGCUGCUGUCGGCGGGACGGGGGUCGGUCAGCGCCGGCUGCUGUCGGCGGGACGGGGGUCGGUCAGCGCCGGCUGCUGUCGGCGGGACGGGGGUCGGUCAACGUCAGCUCUGUCGGUGGGACGGGGGGUCAACCAACACCAGUUGCUGUCGGUGGGACGGGGGUUCAGUCAACGCCAGCUGCUGCCGGUGGGACGGGGGGGUCAGUCAACACCAGUUGCUGUCGGUGGGACGUGGGCUCAGUCAACACCAGCUGCUGUCGGUGGGAUGGGGGUUCAGUCAACGCCAGCUGCUGCCGGUGGGACGGGGGUUGGUCAGCGCCAGCUGCUGUCGGCGGGAAGGGGGUUCAGUCAGGUCAGCUGCUGGGAGGGGUUCAGUCAACGCCAGCUGCUGUCAGUGGGAUGGGGGUUCAGUCAACGCCAGCUGCUGUCGGUGGGACGGGGGUUCAGUCAACACCAGCUGCUGUCGGUGGGACGGGGGUUCAGUCAACACCAGCUGCUGUCAGUGGGAUGGGGUUCAGUCAACGCCAGCUGCUGUCGGACGGGGGUUCAGUCAGGUCAGCUGCUGGGAGGGGGUUCAGUCAACACCAGCUGCUGUCGGAUGGGGGUUCAGUCAACGCCAGCUGCUGUCGGUGAGACAGGCUUCAGUCAACGCCAGCUGCUGCCGGUGGGACGGGGGUCAGUUAGUGCCAGCUGCUGCCGGUGGGAUGGGGGUUCAGUCAACGCCAGCUGCUGUCGGUGAGACAGGCUUCAGUCAACGCCAGCUGCUGUCGGUGAGACAGGCUUCAGUCAACGCCAGCUGCUGCCGGUGGGACGGGGGUCAGUCAAAGCCAGCUGCUGUCGGUGGGAUGGGGGCUCAGUCAAUGGCAGCUGCUGUCAGUCAGUACUUCUGCACUCUCCUCCCACUCCCCGCCUCAUCUCCCGGCUCCCCAGUCCUGGGGAGUCUUGAAGGAGCAGCCAGCCAGUGGUCAGCCUCUGUCCCCCAUCUUGGCGGGGGAUGAGAAGCCAGGGCUGGCCGCUCACCCAGCACAGACAUGCACACUGGGGCGAGGCUCGCGCAGCACCAGGGCCGAGUUCCUGGCCGCCUGCAGCCUCGGUCAAGGCAGAACACUGGUCUAGUCCGGACUCGGACAGACCCGGUGCUCCAGUCCUUGACCCAGCCUGCGUCCCGUGGAGUGUGUCCAAAGUCUGUAGGGGGGUGUGGCGUGGACGCGGCUGUGUUGGUCAGUGCCAGGCUGGACACUCGGAAGCUCUAGGGGACUCAGAGGGUGGGUGUCCUGGAGGACUCUCGCCGUGGACGUGGACGUGGGGCGGGCCAGUCCGCACGGUGGGGCGGGAAGGAGGCCAUGCAGAGACAUGCCCCCCGCCCAGGGACAGCCACCCCCAAGCAGGCCAAGUCCCGCCGCGCUGCGGGGCGGGGUCUCCGGGGUCUCGGGGGCGGGGGGGCGCUGGGGAUGGGACAGGGCUGCACACGGAGGUGCUGGAGGCCCUGCGGCGAAGAAUCGGGAAUGCUGCCCGUCCUCCGCACGCCGCGGCGCCCGCACACUCGAGACCUGGCCGGCCGAGCCUCAGCGGAGGCCCGAGCCGCCGCGGCGGAGAGCCCGGGCCUGGGGCACCUGCUUGCGGGCUCCUUCCAGAAGACGGGCAAGAUGCGGUCUCCCUCGCGGCUGGCGGGGUCACUUCCCACCGAGCGCGGCCUCUCGCGGCCCCUGCUGGCCACGAGGCGUCAUCACAGCCCGCCUGGGCUGCGUGCAUGCAGGCCAGGACACGCAGCGUUGCUCUCUGCUGCCCUCUAGCGAGCGAGCUGUGUCAGCGCUCGGAGGCGCCCUCUCCCAGGUCGGGUCACAGAUCUGCCCCUACCCUGCUAGCCCCCAAACGCCCAUCCCCUCUGCUUUCCCUCUGUCCCGGGGAGCUUUGCAUUUGGGGUAAUGGCUGCACGCACAGCAGGGCUGGCUGAGGCAGGCCGCUCCCGGCUUGGCACACUGGGUGCACCCAGCCCCAGCACUAAGGGAGGCCGAGGGAGAAGGACAAGGCACACUCACGGGCCUGUGGGGCCUGCACACUUCUCAGCUUGGGGAGCUCUCAGCUUCAAAGCCAAAAGACGGGCACCAGAAUCAAUGAGUCCUUCCCCAGGUAUUUGCAUGGGAUUAACCGGGGCCCAGCAACGCUAAGCAAGGUGGCUGGCCUCAGGCCUUCUCAGAGCCUUUAGCAAUUACAGAGGCCACGCCUUUCACCCCGAGGUGCCUGGGGUUCCACGGAGCAAACCCGGGAAACACGGAGCCAAAGCUCCGCUGUGUCCGCUUCCAGCUCCAACAUGUAAGACGUUGGCAUAAAAGUGCUGCUUGUCUUUCUGAAUUCAACUCAGGAACAGGGCUGCGGCUUGGCAGAUGUGGCUACCAUACUAGGAACAGACACACACUGAACCCCACAUUACACGGACACCACUUCAUGUGGAUAGGUAAGUCAGUUCUCAUGCUGUGCAGUCAGGGCCACCUCUUUGCACAACUCCAGGGGGCGCCACUGAAGCCACUUCCGGGCUGCCGUUCACAUGGAACCGAGCAGUACAAGAGGGGCUGUGUCUAAGAAACUCCUGGACCCAGGAGACUGUUCACUCUCGGCGGCUUUGUGCGCAGCCAACGUGUCACUGACACGGAGACUGAAAAGUCAACUCGCGUGGCGACAGAUUUAAAUUCAAAACAGAAAGCUGUAAGACUUUGAGGGGGGAAACUGGCUCAAAUCUUUAGGACCUAGGGCUAGGCAAACGGGUUAGAUUUUGUCCAGAAGCACAAUCCAUAAAGGGAAAAUCGAUAAUUGAACUGUAUCAAAGUUUUAAAAGGCUUCUCCCUGAAAGGACAAAAUGACACGCUACGGAGUGGGAGACGUCUGCGAACCACAGGUCCAACACUGGCAACCAGAAAACUCUCAAAACCCCACAGAGGAAAAGCAAACAACGCAAGCGGAACAUGGGCACCAGGGGGAAGGGACACAGGGCCGAAGGGGACGUCCAGGCGGGCACACGCAGGGAUGCCCCGCGUCACUGACCCGCCGGACACCAGCAACACACCCCAUCGGAAAGGCUCAAAACAGUAAAUAGUGACAACACCCAGGCUGCGGAAGCCAUGUGGCUCCUGACCACUCCGGGAAGCAGCCCGGCGGGCGCCCACCUGGCCACACACGUGACUGCCGCUAACCCAGCAGGCGCGCUCCCAAGCACCCAUCUCAGACGACGAGGCAGUUCACACGUACAUCUACACGGGGACCUUUCUUGGACAAGAAAGGCAGAGUGACACAUAGAGACUGUCCAUCUGCGGGUUCACUCCCCGAAUGGUUGCAGCUGCAAGGGCCAGGCCAGGCCAAAGCCAGGGGCUGGCGCCCCAUCCUGGUCUCUCACAGGGUGGCAGGGGCCAGAUACUCGGGCCAGCCGCUGCUGCUCCCCAGGUGCGUUAGCAGGAAGCUGUGUUGGAAGCGGAUCAGCCAGGACUUGCGUUGGUGCCCCAACGUGGACGCUGGCGUGGCGAGCAGCAGGCUCACUGCAGUGGCAGCCCCACGUGAACACGGACAGCAGCUACACUGGUGACAGCUGUGGGUGGUGCCCACACAGACAAGAGGCACCCUGUGCAGCACCCAGCGAGACGGGGAGGAGCGGCAGGCGCACAGCCACAGGAGCCCACUCGAAGCACGAGCAGGAGGCCGGUCCAUGCGGUCAUGUGCCGUGCAGUCCCAUCGAUGGGACGCCCUUGAAGGGACAGCAGUGGGGCCGGUGCCCUGGCACAGUAGGUGAAGCCUCCGCCUGUGGCACCAGCAGCCCACAUGGGCACUGGUUUGACUCCCAGCGGCUCCACUUUCCAUCCAGCUCCCUGCUAAUGGCCUGGGAAAGCAGUGGAGGACGGCCCACGUGCUUGGGCCCUGCACCCACAGGGGGGACCCGGAAAGGCUCCUGGCUCCUGGCUUCAGAUCUGCCCAGCUCUGGCAGUUGCACCAUCUGGGGAGUGAACCAGCAGGUGGAAGACCUCUCUCUGUGUCUCCCUCUAUAACUCCCUCUCAAAUAAAUAAAUCUUUUUUUAAAAGGAAAGGAUGAAAUUAUAUAAACGGAGAGAGCUGAUUAGUGGUUGCUGGGGACUGAGGAGGGCACGGGGACAGAAGAGAAGUGGCUGUGGCUAUGAGAGGUGACUUGGGCGUCCCUCGAGGGUGGGAAGUCCUGCCUUGACAGUACCCACGUCAACAUCCUGGCGGCAACCAAGUGCUACGCUUGUCCAGGACGUCACCCGCGGUCUCCGUGUGACUCCUUACCACGGCACGGAAAUCGACAGUGAUGCCGAGAUAAAAAGUGUCAUUGGAAGGCCCCCUCUAGGAGGCUGGAAUCCCCAAACGGGAUGAAGGCAGACAGCUUGCGAGAAACGCCUCUCCCCUCCCUGGAGCAGUCAGCUCUCAAACCUCUAAAAACAGUUCAUGGGGCAUGACUGGGCUGUCAGAAUCACGACCCGAGACCACCGCUGACCCCCGCCUGUCCGGCCCAGACCCCCCCUCCAUCCGCUGCUUCUUGAGGUGAGCUCUCCAGAGCCUUCUGGGUCCUGUGUGCCGAAUCCUCUCAGCCUGCAGCAUGGUGCGCGCGGGACUUCGCUCUGCGCCUCAGCGCGGCCCCCUUCCUGAGGUGUGACCAGGGAUCCAGGCCCUCCUGGCGGCACCAGGGGCUCCCCUGGGAGUGUGGGCGCCCCGCCUUCCUUCUGUGUCUCCGUGUGUGGCACGAAGACCACCUGGGACGCGUGCCCGCUGCCCCGCCCACCUGCUCCUGUCACGUCAGGAGUCACAGGCACCCUGGAGGGAGGGAAGACUGUAGGUGUGGUGUGUGCAGCUUGUAGCAUUUUCUGGAGUAAAAAAGACAAACAAAAGAGAUCUUUCAUAUGGAGACCAACUAUUGAGUGGAAAUGACAGCACGUCCCCAAGGAGCAAAGCAGGUGUAAACGCAAACUCCCAGAGUCCUUUGUGCCGUCGUCACCUGCUGCGAUGCUGCUCUGAAAUAACCCGAUAGGUGUUUUCAGCAAGGGUUUUGGCUAUAAGGGCAAUGCUUUUUUUUCCCUUAGGAUUUAUUUACUUAUGGAGAGAGAGAGAGAAUCUUCCAACUGCUGGUUCACUCCCCAAAUGGCUGCAACAGCCAGGACUGGGCCAGGCUGAAGCCAGAAGCCUGAAACUCCAUCCGGGUCUCCCACGUGGGCACAGGGCCCAAGCACGUGGGCCAUCCUCUGCUGCUUUCCCAGGCACACCAGCAGGGAGCUGGACCGGAAGUGGAGCAGCUGGGACUUGAACUGAUGCCAAUAUGGGCUGCCAGCGUCUCAGGCAGCAGCUUAACCCACUGUGCCACAACACAUACUAGUGACAAAAAAAUGGAAUCGAAACAGAAUGAAACACAAAUUUAGGAAGAAUCCUAGUGAGAAAGGUGCAAACCUUUCGUACAGAAUUGGAGUGACGUCACUGAGAAAUGGGCUGAGCCGGCAGAGGGAGGGAGACAUCCGUGUGUAGGUCAGGACUUGGAACGCAUGGUGCCCGCUGUCCCGGCCUGACCGACGCAGUCCGUGCGGUGCCGACUGUCUGAGGGGUUUGUUUUUUGUUUUGUGGGGGAAGGGGCAGAGCUUGACAAGCUUGUGUUUACGUGGAAAUGCAGAGGGCAAAAUAACCAAGUCCAUCUUGAGGAAGACCCUGCCACGAAGCCGCGGUGGUGGACAGCAUGGCAAAGCUCUGUCCAGUGGGGCAGAGAGCCAGAGAGUGACCACAUGGACAUGGGCAGGGGACAGGUCGGUCACGGAGCAGUGGGGAGAGGAUGGGCCGCAUGGCCUACAGUGCUGGGACAAGGCGCCGAGCCAGUUCUCCGUGCUUGGGAGAGCCAGCAAAGAAAACAACGCAGGAACCGGUCGCCAUGUCCGUGGGGUGGGGCGAGGACUGCCACCACGUAGGAAGACAGACCCCGCGUGCCCGCCACCGAGAACUUCCCCGAGAGGCGCUGGGGGUGAGCUCCUUAUUUGGGUUUGUUUAUUUAUUUUUAAUGAAAAGAGUUCAUGAGACUAAGAAAAAUUUGAAUCCUGACUGUGUAUUUGAUGACAUUAAGGGAAAGUUAUUCACUUUUUAGCUACGAUAAUGGUGUUUUGGUUGUGUUGGUAGAAGGAGUCCCUGUCUUGUAGGAGAGAUACAACGGCUGGAAUCUGCUUCAGCGAAACCCAGUAGGAGAGGGGGUAAUGGGGCCUGAGGGUCGCCAGGCUGUGCUGUCUGUGUAUCCAGAAGUUUCCAGCAUGAGGGGAAAGCCGCGCACAGCACCACAGACAGGGUCAAGUACAGAGGAGAGAGCUGGGUGUGGAGGUUGAACUUGGCGCCUGCUCCCACACUGCAGGGCAGGUUCACGUCCUGGUUCCUUGGCCUUGGAGCCAGCUUCCUGCUAACGUGCACCUGGGAAGGCAGCAGCCGGGGGCUCCAGAGCUUGGGCUUCCGCCACGCACGCGGCAGGCCCGGGGGAGUUCCUGCCUCCUGGCUUUGGCCUGGCCCAGCCUGCCCUGGUGUCGUGGGCAUCUGGGGAGUGAGCAUGCCAAUGGAAGACCUCUCUGUCUCAGAUUGAAAUAAAGGAAGAGUGAAAAGCAGCCCGCAGAGUGGGAAAAGAUAUUUACGCCACGUACAUUCAACACUAAGCAGAGGGAGCCCCUUCAGAAUCUACAGUUUAAAAAAAAGAAAAAUGAUGGUCCAGUAGGAAAAUGGGAAAACACAGGCACUGAGAGGCCAGCGAGCACAGGACGAGGUGCCAGCCUCACUGGUCAGCAGGGACGCGGCUGCUGUGGCAAAGUCGGCGAGACCGUGACCGUGACCGCAGCACCAGCGGCUGCAGGCUCCCGCCAGGCCGGGUGCUCAGAGGGCUUCCCGGGGACGCCAGGUUGUGGCCGGGAGCCGCCUCACAGCGACAGCCUCCGAUCCAUCUCGAGUGCGGCGAUCCCUUCAGCACCUCAGCCCGAGUGCCCUGCUAUCCCGCGUACACCCCGGCCAGCGUCCUGCGGAGUCAGCAGGCCAUGGUGCUACCCUUCCCCAAGAGCUCUGGCCAGCUCGCUCCCCGUGCAGACUGCGGCCGCCCUGCUGCGGCAGCGUGGGGGCGGGCCAGGGGAAUGGCCCCUGAUGCUCCACACACCGCCAGUGGCGGCUGCACCCUGCCCACAGCACCACACGGCCUCGGGCUGGCCACCGCCUGCGCCAACCCAGAGUUAAGCGGUGCACCAGGUCUCGGAGGGGGACCAAGCUGCCCUAGCGGGCCAGCCCGCGACCAGGACACCCUCCACCUCGGAGCAGCGCCGUGGGGGCGGGGCAGCGACAAGGACAGGGAGACUCACCAGCACCGGCGUCCUGCUUUGUGUUCCAACAACCUUUCCUGGACGCAGGGAGAUGGCCUCGCUUCCGGAAACAGGCAGUGGGUGGGGCUGCGCAGCUCUGAGACCUGCCCGGAUCUUCCAGGCGCGGACGGGCCACGGGCUUGGCCGUCAACAUCCAGGGUGCACGUGUCCCGAGGGUGCACGUGUCCCGCUCCUGCCCGCCGAGGGCUGGAGCAUCAGUGGGCGACGCUGGCUGUGACUGCUUGAGACCCUGCACUUCCCCAGCACCCGCACGUGCAAGAGAGCACAGGGCUGGGCAGCGUCCGGACGCCGUGGUCACGCCACAAGGCAACCGCAUCAGGCGUCCACCGUGCGUGUCUCCAGGAUGGCGCACACACACUUCCCUUUCUGAAAGCCACCGGGGAGGUGGCACUGUGCUGCCGCAGCCUGUCGGGCUCGUCCCAAGCAGGGCAGAGUCUUGUUGGGGUUCCUGAGGGCGUGGGCUUGAGGGGUUCCCCGAGAGGAACAGUCCCACAGCCCGCGGGGGCCUCCCCUCCCUCACGCUAACGGCCCGAGGACCUGUUCCAGACACCGCGUGGAGUUUACGCCACCUUCAAGGCACUGCCCUCCUCCAGGGAAACAGGCAGAGGGCUCACAGCAGGUGGCCUGCAGUGGGACCCCAGCCAGCUCCCAGGAGGCACCGCGGGGCCCUGUGGUCAGCGUGGGUUUCCUCUCAGCAUUGGCAUCCUUAGAAAUUAUGUUCAUACGGCCCUGAAAAUUUGAAGUAUCUUAACGCCCCUCACACAGGAAGCUGACACCUAAACUACAAGUUUCAACAGUUACAAAGAAUACAACUUCUGGCACGUUGUAAAUAUUGACACUUAGAAAUAAAACUGUCAUAUCGCUCUGCUAAAUGUAACCAGAUGGGGUAUGAACACACAUCCACGCAAUGGCCAGCCUACGCCUUUGAAAACAGCGCAGCAGCCACCUCUUCUUCGACAUUUAGCUCCGUGACGUCUCGCCUGCACUUGAGAGAUUUGAGUUCGCACCGCCAUUUAAAGUCCUGCCCAGACAUUUGUCCUCAGGUAACAUUUUUAGGUUUCAAAGUUUUAUUGAUCACACGACAUAGUUUUCUACAGUGAAAACGUUUGGAAAGAUAGAUUUUCCGCAAGGAUCCAUCAGUAAACAUUGCAGGUUUAUCCGCCAUCGCGGCCAUGGGCGCACGGCGGAUCAGAACACAUCGCGCACAUUUUGGAUAAUAAUGGUGGAAGUCCAGUCCUGUUAGCAACACAUCUCCCGAAGCAAAGCGAGGCCUUUCUUCUCCCCUUGGUUUCCAGACCCAGCGACACCGGGAUGCCUCCCUGCUGGACUGGAACAAGACAACAAAUGAAUGUGCUCUUUAAGGUACUUUGAGGGUAACAAUGCCCACCACAGCCAGGCUGGGCCAAGGUGAAGUCAGGAGAGCAGAACCGCACCCGGGAGGCCCGUGAACGGCCGAGACUCGAGUUCCCGAGCCAGCAAGUGUGCGGCAGCGGAAGUGGAGCUGGGACUUCAGCCCAGGCCCUCAGCGCGGGCCGCGGGGGCCCUCCCAGCCCCUCGGCCUUCCCGCAAGUCACCCUACAACAUCCGCCCCUUCUGACGGUGACUACGUGGUCACACGGGGACCACGCUUCCGGAACAUGGGCUCUGAGGGGCCACGCCACGCGCAAACCACAGCAACGGCUCCGCCUUCGCAUCGGGGCUUUCUCAGACGAAGGACAAGAAGAGCAGAGGUCGCGCCCGUCUCCGCGGGGCUGCGGCGCUGCGGACCCCACUUCGGGAGGCCCACGCUGCAGGCGUGGGGCCAGCUCCAGGGGCCGGUUUGAGGCACGCAUUCCAGCGUUCCCCUCGGCACCCUGUCGUGGGGACGGAAACCUAACGAACAGCGAUUCCGAGGCCGGCGGCUGCAAGAGGACUUCAGGUCUGAGGUCAGUGUCCUGGGGGAGGCGCUUGCUCGUGGUUAAGGCACGACAGUGAGGCAGCCCACUGCCAGCCCACUGCCAGCCCAGCCCUGCCACUUCCUCCCCAGCUGCGGGCAGGGGCUUUGUGACCCUGUCCUUCCCCGCGGCUGAGCGCCCAGCGGGGGCUGUCCCUGGCCGUGCUCGCCGCGGUCAGCCCUGUUCCCACCGCCCGCCGGCUCCCUCUCACCUCACCCUCCAGCUCUGGGCACGGCCAGGGCCCGCGUCAGCUUCUGCAGCUUUGACCUCUGACUCCCCACCCUCUCUCCGCAGCCACGAUGUGGGCACCCUCGGGUUUCUGUUUCCCUUCUUUCCCCAGACUCACCUAGCGUCCCCUCCCACGUUAACUAACGGCAAUCACACUUAGCGGGAGUGUGUCACCCGUGGUCGUGGGGACCGCAUCGCCCCAGAAUGUAAUACAGAGCGCAUGUCCCCGGUGCCAUCAGCGGCACUACACACUUCAGCAUCCCCGGAGGUCGGUUCCAGGACCCCGAUACCAACACCCACGGAUGCUCAGGCCUCGCCUGCAGGAUGGGACCGUACUGCACGUAACCUACAUGCGUGCCCCCGUGCACACUACAUGGGCUGCAGGCCACCUGUGACGGCUAACACACGUAAACUACGUAAAGGGUCGUGACACUCAUCGCUUAGGGAAGUGGGACAAAGACAAAGCCCGCCCGUAAUCUGUAGGGACACAGUUUUUUCCGAAUGUUUCCCAUCUGUGGCUGGUUGAAUGGGGAGGUGGUGCAGAGCCCCUGGAUCCUGGUGGCAGCUGAGUGUCCCGUGUGCCAGCACCGGAGGAAGCUCCGCUUGGCUGUGCCCUGACCUGAGGGAGCCUCCUGAGAACUGCGGGCAGCAUUUGCGCAGGUGCUGUCACCUGGACCCGCAGACCCGCCGCUGUGCCCCCGGCAGGCUGACUCAGGACACACACACAUACGGCAGAGAGAGCCGAACCCACCGAGUUUCACUGCAGAUUGGUUUCUGUGGACAGCUAAGCGCUUACACACAGUGAAGGUGUCAGAAGACUUCCAGGGGCCGGAGCCGCGGCUCACCAGGCUAAUCCUCCGCCUGCAGUGCCGGCACCCCGGGUUCUAGUCCCAGUCGGGGCGCCGGUUCUGUCCCGGUUGCUCCUCUUCCAGGCC